CAGCCAUCGAACCCACAAGGAAAAUGCAGCUCAGCAGCCACAAAAAGAGGAAAGAAAACGCAGAGGAAAGUGGACGAAGGUGAAGCGUUCAAGAAGGGUCGUCGCCAUUUUUCCUACCUGCACUAAAAGAAACCCAACCUGUCAACAUCUCGUUCCGGAUGAAGCCCAAACACCGUCCAGCAUCGAACGACCGAGGCUGCAGCAGAAGCAUCCUAAGCACGGUAACAUAACCAUAGAUGUCUGUUUCAUCAUGUUAUGCACUCGUUUCCGCUUUGUUUUUCCAUACAUGCCGAGCUCAUCUUAUAUAAUUAAUUACUCCCCACCGGUCUGAAUACUGCGAAACCGUCCUCUACUCCAAUGGGUCGUUGACCAAUCGGAUGCCUCCGGUUGACCGAGAGGCCAAUUACUAUUUAGCCACUGGUGGGGUCGCGCAAUAGCUAGAAAAGAGAGCACCACAGAAUUUCAAUCCAAUAUCCAUCACUUUCCCUUGGCAGUAUUCCCUGUUCUCCUCCCCUCAUCACUACAAUGGAUCACAUUAAAAACCUUCUCCACCACCACCACAUCCACCACAACCAGCAGCAGCAGCAGCAGCAGAAGGCCGGGAUGACCACCAUGGCGGAGGCGGGGGAGCGAGAGCCGACGUGGGCGGAGCUGAUGGGGAGCAAGGACUGGGAGGGGCUGCUGGAGCCGCUCGACCUGGGGCUCCGGAGGCUCGUCCUCCGGUGCGGCGACUUCAUACAGGCCACCUACGACACCUUCAUCAACGACCAGAACUCCAAGUACUGCGGCUGCAGCCGCUACGGCAAGGCCAACUUCUUCCAGAAGGUCAUGAUGGAGAACGGUUCCGAUUACGAGGUCGUGGCCUUCCUCUACGGAACGGCACGGAUCAGCACCAAGGAGAACUUCUUGUUCCACUCACAGUCGCGGGAAGCGUGGGACCGCGAGUCCAACUGGAUCGGCUACAUCGCUGUAACCAACGACGAGGUCAGCGCAAAGCUGGGCCGCCGCGAAAUCUACAUCGUGUGGCGGGGCACGACGCGGAACUACGAGUGGAUCGACGUCCUUGGCGUGAAGCGCAAGUCCAUCGAGUCACUCCUCAGCACGAACACCAACGGCAGACAUGAACUCGGAGAAGAGGAGGCCAAGAACAACACCAGCAGCAGCGACGAGGACGACGACCGUGACGACGAGGAAGUCCCGAAAGUCAUGCUGGGGUGGUACACCAUCUACACGACGAACGACCCGAGGUCGCCCUUCACUAAGCUGAGCGCGAGGACGCAGCUCUUGACCAAGAUCAACCAGCUGCGAGAAAAGUACCAGGGCGAGAAUCUGAGCAUCACCUUCACCGGCCACAGCCUCGGCGCAAGCCUGUCCAUCUUGAGCGCGUUCGACAUCGUCGAGAACGGGGUACAGGACAUCCCCGUCUCGGCCUUCGUCUUCGGGUGCCCCCAGGUGGGGAACAAGGCGUUCGCCAAGCGGUGCAAGAGUUACCCGAAUCUCAAGUUCCUGCACGUGAGGAACACCAUAGACCUCAUCCCCCAUUACCCGAGCAAGCUGAUGGGGUACGUGUACACCGGGGUCGAGCUCGAGAUCGACACGAGGAAGUCGCCGCACCUGAAGGACUCGAAGAACCCGAGCGACUGGCACAACCUGCAGGCGAUGCUGCACAUCGUGGCGGGCUGGAACGGCAAGGACGGCGAGUUCGAGCUCAAGGUCAAGAGGAGCUUGGCCCUGGUGAACAAGUCGUGCGACUUCCUGAAGGACGAGUGCUUGGUGCCCCCGUCGUGGUGGGUGGAGAAGAACAAGGGGAUGGUGCUCGACGAGGACGGCGAGUGGGUGAUGGAGUCGCUGGCCGACGAGGACCUGCCCGUCCCCGAGUUUUGACCCCCCCUCCGAUGGCCGUAGGCCGGCGGGCGAUCGUUGGUUAAUUCUUUUGAAUUCUUGAAAAGUUGUUCACCGUCCAUGUCGCCGGUGUCCUUGUCAUUCGGACAUUAACUACCCUUGGUAUGUCGUGUGUCGAUUUGGGUGUCUGAUUAAAUUAGUGAUUUUCAUGUGCA